AUGGCAUGCGUGCUCCUCUUCAGUCGGCUUCUCCCCUUCUCUCACAGGCUCACAAGAACAUCAAUUUGCUUACUAUCCCUUCUCCUUUCAUAUUUGUGCUACUGUGCACUAUUCCCUGCCGAUACCAUCAUGCACAAAUCAGGUGAUCCGACGCCGAGCUGCCAACGCGUCCUGGCCGAUGGAGCCAAAAGGCGCCUUCAGAAAUCCCUCUCCUGCGUUUUGCCGCUGGACGAGAGGGCGAGCAGUGUUGAGGCAUCUCGGCUGAAAAGCGACCAAAAAUCCUCUUUGACUCUCCACAUCGUCAGGAAUGACACGCCCAGCCCCCCGAUCGGUAGUUUAAAGUUUGGGAAUAAAAAGUUACCAAAUGCCAUCAUAGUUGGUGUGAAAAAAGGAGGGACGAGAGCUGUGCUGGAGUUCAUCAGAAUCCAUCCUGAUGUGCGAGCGGCUGGCACCGAGACACACUUCUUCGACAGGAACUAUGAUAGAGGCCUGGAGUGGUACAGAGGUUUAAUGCCAAGGACUCUUGAAAGCCAAAUCACAAUGGAGAAGACACCAAGCUACUUUGUGACAAAAGAAACACCACACCGGAUCUCCACCAUGUCCCGCAAUACCAAACUCAUUGUGGUGGUGAGAGACCCCGUCACUCGGGCAAUAUCAGAUUACACACAGACUUUAUCCAAAACUCCCGACCUGCCAAGCUUCCAGGAGCUGGCCUUUAGAAACCAGUGCCUGGGCAUUGUGGACACGUCCUGGAACGCCAUUCGGAUCGGCCUCUACGCUCUGCACCUCGAAAACUGGCUACGUUACUUCCCUCUGGCUCAGAUCCACUUUGUGAGCGGAGAGCGUCUCAUCACUGACCCAGCGGGAGAGUUGGCUCGGGUGCAAGACUUCCUCGGGUUAAAGCGCAUCGUCACAGACAAACACUUCUAUUUCAACCGCACCAAAGGCUUCCCUUGCCUUAAGAAGCCGGAGAGCAGCGGCUCGCCUCGCUGCCUGGGCAAGUCCAAGGGCAGAACUCAUGUGCAGAUAGACAGAGAUGCUAUUGAGCAAUUGCGAGACUUCUAUAGACCUUACAAUGUCAAGUUUUAUGAAAUGGUGGGCCAUGAUUUUAAGUGGGAGUAAAGGUAUGAGACAUAUUUUUGAAAGAUUUAUGUAUUCUCUGAAUCUUCUUUUAAAAUAAUUUGCCUACAGUAAUAUGAAGGCGGAGGGGAACUCUGAGCAGCCUUCAGACAAUUUGUGUGAAAUGUCAAAAACAGUAUUAUUCUUUCAAGUGACACUAAUGAACAGAGCAAAAUCUAUUCUAUGACAUUGCUUUUGCACUUGUAAUGAUCAGUUACCAGCCAGCAUCAGUAUCCUGUUUGUUGCUAGAUAUAGCCAUUAUUUCAGCUUCAGGAUCACAUGAUUUCAGUUCCUGUAACCGUAUAUUAUUGCCCACUGGAUUCCCCAUUUCCUGACUGGUUUAUAAAAAUAGAGGAAAUUCCA